AUGGAUGAUUUUAAGAGGAGGAGGAAUCAAAUACCAACAUUUGGGAACUGGGAUUAUUUCUCAGAUGGUACUACUGGGACACCAAUUACACAGUGUUUCGGAUCAGUUAGAUACAGUUGUGUUGCUGGUGACCAUAGGGAUUUGUAUGGUGCUGCAGGUGCUCAUGAUUUUCUUUACUCUAAUCAUAUUCCUCCUCAUACUUAUCACCAUCCUCUUAUCAAACCACCACCACCGAACUUUACUGUUGUUUCUCGCAGAAAGACUAAGGGAGGAGUACCAAGGGAGAAACUUUACCACAACAACAACAAUAAUAGGAGUAUGAAAGAUCAAAAAAAGCAUGGUAGGGUACAUGACGUGACUAGAUCACCGGCGGAACAUCGUCAUCAUCAUCAUCACUCAUCAAAGAUUCCAAAUGAAGUUGAACGAUAUCAUCAUCAUCAACAUUACAUCACCCCUCACCCACAAAGAAUUCCUCCUAAGGCUGUUGAUGAAGAUCUUUACAAAAUCCCUCCUGAACUUCUCUACAAAUCCAAAAGAAAGAAGAUAUUUGGAUUCUUCUCAUGCUUAGUACCCACUUGUGAUACUGCUUGA